GCUGCGCGCGCGGCGGUCUGGCUCGAAGCCGGGCGGCGGGGCCUUCGCCAUGCCUGGGCUGGUGCUCUUCGGCCGGCGCUGGGCCAUUGCCAGCGACGACUUGGUCUUCCCGGGGUUCUUCGAGCUGUUCCUGCGGGUGCUGUGGUGGAUUGGCAUUCUGACAUUGUAUCUUAUGCACAAAGGGAAGCUAAACUGUGCUGGUGGAGUCCUGCUCAGCAGUUACUUGAUUGGUCUCAUUAUUCUCCUGGCAGUUGUGAUAUGUACUCUCUCAGCCAUCGUCUGUGUCAGCAUGAAAGGAACCAUUUGUAAUCCUGGACCACGGAAAUCUAUGUCUAAGCUGCUUUACAUCCGCCUGGCCCUCUUCCUGCCAGAGAUGGUCUGGGCAACGCUGGGGGCCACCUGGGUAGCAGAUGGUGUUGAAUGUGACAGGACAGUUGUGAACGGCAUCAUCGCCACCGUCAUCAUCAGCUGGAUUAUCAUCGCCUCCACUGUGGUCACCAUCAUCAUCGUCUUUGACCCACUGGGGGGGAAAAUGGCCCCCUACUCCUCUGCUGGCCCCAACCACCUGGACAGUCAUGAGUCCAGCCAGCUGUUUACUGGCCUCAGGACAGCGGCUACAAGUGUGUGGGAAACCAGGAUCAAGCUCUUGUGCUGCUGCAUUGGGAAAGACGACCAUACUCGAGUUGCUUUUUCGAGUACGGCAGAGCUUUUCUCAACCUACUUUUCAGACACAGACCUGGUGCCCAGCGACAUUGCAGCAGGCCUCACCCUCCUCCAUCAGCAACAGGACAAUAUCAGGUAUAACCAGGAGCCUGACGAGGUGAUCAGCCACUCCCCAGGACCCUCCCAGGAAGCUGACUUGGAUAAAGAAUUAGAAAACUGUCAUCACUACAUGCAGUUUGCAGCCGCUGCCUACGGGUGGCCUCUCUACAUUUACAGAAACCCGUUCACAGGGCUGUGCAAGAUCGGUGGUGACUGCUGCGGGAACAGGACGACAGACUACGACUUGGUUGGAGGUGACCAGCUCAACUGUCACUUUGGCUCCAUCCUGCACACUACGGGGCUACAGUACAGGGAUUUCAUUCACAUAAGCUUUCACGACAAGGUGUAUGAGCUGCCCUUCAUAGUAGCUCUGGACCACAGGACAGAGUCUGUCGUGGUGGCUGUGAGAGGAACCAUGUCUCUCCAGGACAUCCUGACAGACCUGUCAGCAGAGAGUGAGACCCUUGACCUAGAGUGUGAAGUGCAAGACUGUUGGGCACACAAGGGAAUUUCUCAGGCUGCCAGAUAUGUUUACCGUCGACUGAUCAAUGAUGGGAUUUUGAGCCAAGCCUUCAGCAUCGCUCCCGAAUACCGGCUGGUCAUCGUGGGGCACAGCCUGGGGGCAGGCGCUGCGGCCCUACUGGCCAUCAUGCUGAGACACUCCCACCCGCAAGUCCGGUGCUACGCCUUCUCCCCGCCCCGGGGGCUGCUAAGCAAGUCUCUUUAUGAAUACUCUAAGAACUUCAUUGUGUCCCUUGUCCUGGGCAAGGAUGUGAUUCCCAGGUUAAGUGUGACCAACUUGGAAGAUUUGAAGAAGAGAAUCUUGCAAGUGAUCGCUCACUGUAAUAAGCCCAAGUACAAGAUCUUGCUGCAUGGGUGCUGGUAUGAGUUAUUUGGCGGGAACCCGGACAACUUCCCGACAGAGUUGGAUGGGGGCGUCCAGGGAGACCUGACACAGCCUCUUCUCGGAGAGCAGACUUUGCUGACACACUGGUCUCCAGCAUACAGCUUCUCCAGCGACUCUCCCCUGGAUUCCCCCACCAAGUACCCGCCUCUGUACCCUCCGGGCAAGAUCAUCCACCUGGAGGAAGAGGGCACUUCAGGAAGGUUUUGCAGCUGUUCUACUGCUCAAUAUAGUGCAAAGUGGGCACAUGAAUCAGAAUUCAGCAAAAUACUCAUUGGCCCAAAGAUGCUCACAGACCACAUGCCAGACAUCCUGAUGAAAGCCUUGGACAGUGUGGUGUCUGACAGGGCCGCCUGCAUCUCCUGUCCAGCCCGAGGCAGCUCUCAUGGAGACUUGGCAUAACCAGGACCCCUGGAUGCUGCGUUGGACCUUGUUCUUAAACUGACUUUCCCAGUGAUCCCUGUUAUGCCAAUUUCUUGGGCGUCUACGGAUAGGAAUUUGAUGGGUAUCAAUUCAGUGUUCUUCCCAAUGACAGUUAAUUUUAAAAAUGACUUUGCUCGUAGGACAGAGCAGGACUCAGAACACUGAGGACGGGGCAGGUUCUCAGUCCUUUGGGAAGCCCCUUUCCCACUGGCGUUGGCCUAGGUUUUCUGGCAACCAGAUACCUGCCCGGGAGGGAUGGGGUGCCCCAGCCAGGUGUAAAGCCCUAAUGGAUCUGUAGAAUCCCACCCAAGCCCCCUUCCCACCACUGGGGUCUCAUCACUGCUGAGAUGACUGAAGUUGGUAUGCAGGUGUGCAGUUUACCGAGGUUGGGUUUUCAAGGCUACAUCAACCUGUACUCAGUUGAGGGAACAUUUUGCACCUGGUGGCACAGCGGUCAGCCCUGAGCUCCAACUGGGAAUCAAGACUGAAUCAAGUCAGGGAAAUGAGUCGGCAGUUCCUGCCUUUAGAGCUGCAACACUCCACUCCGUUUCCAUGUGGUGGUUUCAGCCGCACCAAGAAUUGUUUAAUCCUCAUGUCAUGUUCUUGCUCUUGGAGGGCAGCCAGUGGACUCGGAGGGAGUUAGAAAAUAAAGCACUUGCACACGGCACUUGAGGUCUGCACGGUGAGGUCUCUUCCAAUGGUUGUUUCCAAGAAAGUAUUUUACUGGGUGGCUUUAUAGCAAUGUUUUAAAUGUUAAUUGUUAGCUGUAAAUAGCAAAAUAAGUUCUAAAGUUUCUUUCAAGUUUUCUUGGCACUGGCUAAAGACUGAAGCUGGUGUGCAGGCAUGACUGCCCCACAUCUCCCCUACCCCCACCAAAGCACAAUAAAAUGACAGUACAGGGAUUUUCUUUAAAAAGUACGAAUGUCCAAGGAUAAAGGGAAGAUGAGAACAACAGAUGGCUGCCAGAAAACUGAGUCCUAAGUGGGAGCAGAAAAACAUGGACCAGCCCGAUUCAGAGCCCAGACUCCCCAUGUGCCCCCGAGGUGGAAGUGAGGCAGACACCAGGGCCAAGUCAGAAAAGGCAGUUUACUAGAAAGCUGGCCCUUCAUUUGCUUGGAGGUGGAGGGGUGUGGGACCCCAGCAGACUGAGGGGCUGCUCCUCAACCCCUCCUACCACGUGCCUGGAACCUACAAGGAGAUUCUGCAGGGGAAACUCAGGGCCCUCAGCUUACAGCCAUACCACCUUAGAGUUUCUGAAAACCUGCUAAGGACCGUUUAUAAAAUAGCAAAGUUUAACUGCUACACAUUUCACUUCUACACACAUUCCUGCACAUACCCAGUGGCAGAAGUAAGAGAUCUCAUACCCACGGAGCAGCCCUGCCUGGCGAGACCCACCUGUAUGCUCGGUUUCUAAUCUCCUUUCCCAGGUUCUCACCUUUAAAGCAGCAGAUACAGGAGAAACUUGAACCU